GUUUACCUUUACGAGCGAUGGGAAACGAAAUUAACAUAGUCCAAAUGUCCAAUGAAUUGAAACUUACGGCCUACCGGUUUUGAUCUGUGACGCAAGCUGCAAAAGCUCGGAUUCCAAUGAAGAUGGCGAGAGGCUUUGCUGCGCCUGGCGCUACCAGUCACGCCCCCACUGUCGCCUCCCCGAUUAAUUUUAACCCUUCACAGAAAACCCAAGAAAUCCAUAUGUAUUUCACUUGUCUCUGUCGCCAUUAAUACAUGGUUCAUCAUGUCAACUUUCACUCUUGAAUAUCGUGAUAAGAAGCACCACGAAGUGAAAAAAGUUCUCAACCAAGUUACCAGUUCUCUGUAAUGUAAAGGGCUAUAAUAUGACAAACCAUAUUUCUGGGUUUAUAUCUUUCCUGUGCCAAGAUGGCGAACUGUCUGCAGUUGCAUCCGUGGAGGUCUCUACUAGAGAUAACCGAGAAGAUUUAUAUGGGCCAUCCGCCAUCCCGGCAUGAGCCAUCUUCAUCAGCAAUAUUAUGGCGUAGUCUGUCUAUUCACAGUCCCUCGUGGACCGUGAUAAGAAGAUGCUAACCAGCAGCAACUCCCUCGUUUACAAGUGGACUGUAGAGAGGCAGAGAUAGAGUCUUCUUCCCUUUUCUUCACCUACCUCUGCUCCUCCUCGAGACUAAUUAAAUCAAGGUCUACAUCCUUCUCCUCGUGGUUACUGAUUUGUUUGAUGCCUUGCUCUUUCCUUUUGCUAGAUUCGUGACGAUCAUUUCGCAGCAGUUUCUAUAAAAAAAGGGUACUCUUUCUAUUCAUUCAUGCGCAGAAUCUCUACCGUCCUUCCUUCUCUCCUCACUCUCGAUGCCAACCCCAAACUCAACAGACGUGGCUCUUUGCUUCCUCCUAUCCUUCUUCUUUGUUUCGCUUCUGGCGAUUCCAUAUGCGUCCUCACAGACAGGGGGCACCUCUUCUCCCAUGACGUCAGGAGAAAGAGAAUCUCUCUAUGCGGUGAUUCAGUCCUUGGUUGGUAGUUCAUGGAAUGGCAGCGACCUCUUCCCGGAUCCCUGCGGCUGGACUCCCAUCCAGGGCAUCUCCUGCGACCUGUUCGGCGACUUGUGGUACGUCACCGCCGUCAACGUCGGUCCCUUCCACGACAACUCCCUCGAAUGCAUCGACUCGGCGGCCAUUUCUCCCCACCUUUUCCAACUCAAGCACCUAAAGUCGGUCUCAUUCUUCAGCUGCUUCAGUUCUCCAAGUUACCCCCAAACCAUCCCUGUCAAGAACUGGGAAUCACUGUCAAAGAGUCUGGAAACUCUCGAGUUUCGCCGGAAUCAGCAAUUGGUUGGAGGGAUUCCGGCGAGUUUCGGCUGCCUCAAGAGGCUACGCUCACUGGUGGUGUCCGACAACGCUCUGGAAGGGGCUGUGCCGGCGAGUCUGGGUAGUUUGGCAGCUCUGAACAGGUUGGUUCUUGCAGGGAACAGGCUCAAUGGGCAGUUACCUGUCACCAUGGGGCUGUUGGAGGAGCUGCUGAUACUGGAUCUGAGCAGCAAUAGGCUAUCUGGGGAGGUGCCAACCACGUUUGGUGGGCUUGGCUCGCUUCUCAAGCUUGAUUUAAGCAGCAACUCGCUCUCAGGAAAGCUGCCAGAACAGCUCGGUGGGAUGAGGAAUCUGACGCUGCUGGAUCUUAGAAACAACAGCUUCUCUGGAGGCUUGCCUGCUUCUUUUGGGGAGAUGGGCCUCCUUGAAGGGAUGCUUGUGGGCAGCAACCCUUUAGUUGAUGGGUGCUUGGACACUGUCCCUUGGGAGAGGCUGGGGAGCUUGGUCACUUUUGACAUCUCUGCCUCCCGCUGCGUGGGAACCAUACCUGAAUCACUGGCAGAGCUACAGAAGCUUCGUUUUCUGGCACUUAAUGACAACAGUUUCUCCGGUGAGCUACCACCUAAGCUUGCAGGUCUGCCUUCCGUGAGCGGCAUGUAUCUCAACGGCAACAAUCUGUCCGGGGAGUUGCAUUUCCCACAGGGAUUCUUUCAGAGAAUGGGGAGGCGUUUGGUGGUAUGGGGGAAUCCAAAUCUGUGCUACCCAUCUGACUUGCCUAAGAGCUCUGCACCUUAUGGAAUACCUCCUUGUAGCGGAGGAGGAGGGGAAGCGAUUGGUAGUAAUUACUCUAUUCAUUUGCUUCGCAAGACUUCAAAUGCGGCAACCGGCACCACCAGUAGUGGUUUGUUACAUGGGUCUGGUGUCAUCCUGAGUAGGAAAGGAUGGUAUUUUUCUUUAACUGUUCUUGUAGUAGUUCUAAUUUCUUGACCAACGGCGCACAAGUCAGAACUAGGAUGUAUAGUAAAUUAAAUGCCAUGAACAGAAGCGAUAUAUGUAAAAACCUUCUGUCGUUUCCCUUU